CGUGUUAGGGUAUGCCGGGAAAGGCACGGGUCCCGGCUGGUCGGUCGAGGAGAGCAAGAGGAAGGCAAGGCCUUCGGGCCAUCUCCUGGCUUUUGGACCUGAGCAGGUCCAAGUUUAGCUUUGGCACGGAAGGAAGAAGCGAGGGAGGUUUUCUACCCUCUGCGACCCUUCCUUCUCCUCCUCUUGUUUCUGCGACUGCGAAUCGGGGCGAGGUCUCAGCAGCAGAUCAGAUCGAUCAUCGUCGAGUUCUUGCGCAGCAUCGCCGAGUCUCGGCCGGUUCGGAUUGAUCGUGUUGUGGUUUUGGUCGUGAACUGCUGUUCGUUGUUCUUCGUCUGGUGAGGUCAAAGAAAGACGCAGCAGGCAGGCAGGGGUGGGGGAUGAUGGCCCCAGGUAUGGCUACACUGCGGCCGCUCUCGAUGCUCGGGGGAGCGUUGAUGCUGCUGCUGCUGCUGUGUGGCGAGACCGCGACUGCGUUUUAUCUCCCCGGUGUAGCUCCUCAUGAUUUUGCCGAGGGUGCUGACGUUCUGGUGAAAGUCAACAAGAUUACUUCAAUCAAAACCCAGCUUCCCUAUGAAUAUUAUUCCCUGGACUACUGCAAACCCGAUGUGAUCGAUAACGUGGCAGAGAAUUUGGGCGAGGUUCUCAGAGGUGACCGCAUUGAGAACUCCCCUUAUCAGUUCAAAAUGAAGGAGAGCCAGCUGUGUAAAUUUGUCUGCCACAAGAAAAGUGUCUCCGAGAAGGCCGCCAAGGAUUUCAAAGAGAAGAUAGACGAGGAAUAUCGAGUGAACAUGAUUCUCGACAAUCUUCCGGUGGCUGUGCUUCGCACCAAAGACGAGGAUGACAUUCCCAAAAUGUACGAACGCGGAUUUCCCGUUGGUUUCCACGCAGCAUUCGAGGGUAGUACCGAAGAAAAGUAUUACAUAUACAAUCACUUGAGCUUUACGGUGCUGUACCACAAAGAUGAUGAGUCUGACUCGGGUCGGAUCGUCGGAUUUGAAGUUAUGCCAUACAGUGUGGCUCACGAGGUUGACAAGUGGGAAAACAAUGUCCCGAAGUUAUCUACCUGCAACCCCAACACGAAGCAGUAUGUGAGCCAGGUUCAGCCUCCUCAGGAGAUUUCGGCCGGCAAAGAUGUCAUCUUUACCUAUGACGUUGAGUUUAAGCAAAGCGACGUGAAGUGGGCAUCUCGAUGGGACUCAUACUUGUACAUGUCUGACGAUCAAAUCCAUUGGUUCUCGAUUAUCAACUCUCUGAUGAUUGUCCUGUUUUUGUCCGGCAUGGUUGCCAUGAUCAUGAUGCGCACACUCCACCGGGAUAUUUCGAAGUACAACCAGCUCGAGACACAAGAUGAGGCACAAGAGGAAACUGGGUGGAAGUUGGUCCAUGGAGAUGUAUUUAGACCUCCAAGCAACGCAGGGCUCUUGUGUGUUUAUGUCGGUACAGGAGUGCAAUUUUUCGGGAUGACUCUUGUGACGAUGAUUUUCGCCGUAUUGGGAUUUUUGUCUCCCGCAAAUCGUGGUGGUCUGAUGACAGCCAUGUUGCUGCUCUGGGUCUUCAUGGGACUGUUCGCCGGUUAUUCUUCUGCAAGACUUUACAAGAUGUUCAAGGGCACUGACUGGAAACUGAACACCCUGAAAACUGCGUUUAUGUUCCCCGGCCUUGUCUUUGUCAUCUUCUUUGUCUUGAAUGCUCUUAUCUGGGGAGAGAAGUCAUCUGGAGCAGUUCCGUUUGGAACUAUGUUCGCUCUCGUUUUUCUUUGGUUCGGCAUCUCCGUUCCUCUUGUAUUCAUUGGUAGUUACUUUGGAUUCAAGAAGCCAUCGAUUGAAGACCCAGUUAGAACCAACAAGAUUCCCAGACAAAUCCCUGAGCAAGCUUGGUACAUGCGACCUGUAUUCUCAGUCCUCAUUGGAGGGAUCCUGCCAUUCGGAGCUGUGUUCAUUGAACUAUUCUUCAUCCUUACUUCCAUCUGGCUCCAUCAGUUUUACUACAUUUUCGGGUUCCUCUUCAUUGUUUUCCUUAUUCUGAUCGUGACCUGCGCUGAGAUCACCAUAGUCUUGUGCUACUUCCAACUAUGCAGUGAAGACUACCACUGGUGGUGGAGAGCGUACCUUACAUCCGGAUCAUCUGCCUUAUACCUCUUUCUUUAUGCUGCCUUCUACUUCUUCACCAAGCUCGACAUCACCAAGGUUGUAUCAGGCGUAUUGUACUUCGGAUACAUGGUGAUCAUAUCUUAUUCAUUUUUCGUGCUUACAGGCACAAUAGGCUUUUAUGCAUGCUAUUGGUUUGUGAGGACGAUCUAUGCGUCAGUGAAGAUUGACUAGGUCAAAAGCAACAACAGCAGCAGCAGCAAUCGCAGCCGCCUUCCCGGGAUCGGACCAUUUUGAUGCAGGACCGUGUAUAUUUUGGACUGCAGGGGUUCUUGGAGGGCCUCAUUAAAAUGGAUCUUUGUGAACCUGAUAUGUAGACAAUUAUUCAGAGACAUUCGUAAAAGGUAGAGGAAGUUCAAGUGCCCAUGUCUACUUCCAUCAUUGUUAGAACAAAGUACAGUGAGCACAACUACAGUUGAUUCAUGCCAUGGGAGUCCAGUGGGUGAAGCCCUCCUCCAAGGCUUGGAAGACUCCUGUGGAGCAUGUUUCUCCAUUCUAAGCAGAUGUAGGACUUGGGGGACGAUUGAUGUGAAUCAAUUGUUGUCCCCUUACAUGAAAUUGAACUCCAAAGUGGUGUGCCAGUUCCUCUGUACGUCUAGUUAGGUUACCACGAGGUCACAUGAAGGAUUCUUUAGUUCAGAAAUUUUCCAGUUUGGUAUGUGUCUGCUUUAGUGUAUGUCACUGGUCAAAUCAAUGAGGUUUUUAUAGAGUAUGGAGUAAGCUGCUGGUAAUCUUGGACACAGGAAUAUUCAAGCGUAUAAAUUGUUGGACCACGGAUGGCCUUUCAACUACUCUUUCACAGUCGGAAUGCAAGAGAAUUUUCUGAUG